GUCUGCGUGUGCGCGUUCACCUUUGGGUGUAUCCCUCUAACAGCAGCAGGUACUGCCGCGUCUCCUCCGUGUCUCUCUCUGCUGGGAACACUUGAACCGUCCGGAUGGAUCCGCUCUCCCUGAAGUCGCUCCUGCUCCUGCUGCCGCUGCUCGGAUGCUGUGUGGGGCAGGGCAUUCUGCCCGCAGGUCCCGUGUCUGCACUUGUGGGGGGAAAUGUCACCCUGAAACCUCUGAUUAGUUACCCGCCCAGCGUCAUAACCUGGACUUUCAAUGGCCCAAAUGGUGUGGCUACAUUUAUUGGUGGAACUGUGAUCGUGGAAGACGCUUACACGGGGAGAGCUUCACUUAACUCUACCGACGGCUCCUUGACCCUUUCCGCCCUGACGCCUGGGGACAGUGGGGACUAUAACGUCAAUGUGAUAACAACCAGAGCUCUAUUUGGAGAGACUAAACUUCUGGUGGUCGAGCCCGUCUCCAACGUGGACAUCAAGUCCAACGUCCCUGAUGCCAUUGAAUACAACAGCACUGUGAUUCUUACCUGCAGCGCUAUAGGCUCCUCGCUCAGCUUCAAAUGGAUCAACGGCAGCGCGCCCAUCGUGGUCGACGGCACGCGCAUCACAGAGAUAAAGACGAACUCGUCCAGCGUGCUGACCAUCAAAAAUGUUCUGAGGACGGACCUGGUGGGUCCGAUCUACUGCACAGCAUCUAACUCGCUGACAACGAAAUCUACCACCACCCCUUUCAACCUCACCGUGUACU